AUGGACAUGUGGUGGCUCGGGGGAUCGCUCGUACGCGCGGCGCCACACAUGCAGACAGCGUGGCGUUGUGCGAAAUCGCAUCGAGCCUACGUGACAGGCCCCCGCAAUGCAUGGGACGAGCUUCUGGCUGAUGUGUCUCCACAGCCCAAUGGCGCCGUCCAUGCAGCCAUGCAAAAGCCAACAUGGGCAUCGGAGUCCGUACCGCGCGAUGUUCUCUAUGCAAAUGAGCGUGCAAGCACGCCAAAAACGCUUCAGCAGCGGCGACGCACGUACGAUACGUCAGCACUUACACCGUCGGAAUCAGCCCAGUUUCGGCGUAUAUUUGAGCUUCUAGAGCAGGAGAUGGAUGUGCCGCGCAUGCAAGCCUCUUCCUCUGAGCUUGGCGCAUUUGCAGAGCGCAAUGCCAUUCGGUCGCGAAAGCUGACGGCUCGUGGCGGCGGCGUAGGCACACGAUUCGAGGCAAGUUUGGAAGGAUUGGCAGCGCAAAUAUCGCCUGAAGAGCUGGAUCGCGGCGUCGAUCGCCUCUGGCAAGACAUUCAUUCGCAUGGCAGCGCUGUGGAUGCCUGGAGAUGGGCGGAGGCGCAUGUGUGGACGUCAGACACGAGCGCCCCAACGACGGCAUCAACGUCGCCGAACAUUGAAUUGGCACAGUAUGGACCUCAGACGCCUUUCUUUGCUCCUGCGCUCCAUAUGCUCCUGCUUGCCUUCCGAGACAAAUUCCACGUGCCACACACGGCGCUCGCAGUCCUCGAGCGGACACGACAACUCGGACCGCAUGCCUACGUGCUUGGAUGCACAUCGUCGCUCUUUGCCGAGAUUAUUCGCACCCAAUGGCUAUGUUUGCGCGAUGCACAAGCAGUGCUGGCCACUGCGUAUGAAGCGCGCGCGGUCGGCAUCUUGUCACAUGCAGAUGGCCAUGCCUCAUCGCGGGACGAUGCAGCACUUCGAACGCAGAUCGAGCGGAUCCGCAGUGAGCUUCGGGCACGCGUGAUGCGAGCAGCCCAAAACCGCACGUUUGUCGAGAAGGAAAAUGAGUCCAACGAGACUUUUCUGCGUAUGCAAGUAGAUGAUCACGACAUAUUGCAGAUGGUGACGGAGUUAGGCCGCCUUGUUGGCGGGCGGACAAUCCGGUCUGCUGAGCGUACGCCAAACCCACGACCUCGGCUCACGACGUCGGCUCGCCAGAAAAAGCCACCAAAAAAAAACCUAAUGAUUUAUCCCCAAAAUCCCCAUGCGCUUCUGCGCACUGAGCUGCAACGUACGAAAACUCGUGAGCCCGAGCAGUAG